ACUCAGUCAGUACAGUGCAAAUAAUAUGUUGGGUUUGGCUUCAGAAGCAAUUGAUACUCGCAAAAAGCUACAUCGUUGGGUGUCUCCGAAGUCUAAACAAAAUCCAAAACGUGUUUUAAUCUACUGAUAUGUUCAUCGUGAUACGACAGCAGAUCCACUAUAGUGUUAAUUGGAAUUCAGGUUGUGAUAAUUAACAAAAAAAGAAGCAUUGAUACCUCAACCGGAUAUUUCUGUGCCCAGCAGGGAGUGAGCUGCUUGAUGUUUUGAGUGCAGGAGUGAGAGUGUGUCUGUCAAAAAAAGUCAAUACUUUUUCCGUCGAAACUUUUAAAAUGAAGUUCGUGAUUCUUUUCUCCUAUAUGAAGAAGUGAAUGCAAAUCAAGCAAAUGUUUCAUUAUCAAAUUCGAAAUAUAGUAGAUAGAAUAGUGCAUUUGCAGUAAAUAUCAAUUUGAGCGCUGUGCAAGUGUUUUUCUUGGGGGUGGCUAGUGUACUCAGUGUAAUUUGCUGUCCAUCCAAAGAGCAUAGAUUAUCUUGUAUCUGGUGGCUCCGGGCUAAAGUUAGGCGUUGUGUAUUACCUACCAAAAGAGUCACGGGAGCCUAGGCCCGUUUGUAAACUAUGACACUACACUCGUUGUUACGUCGACGAGAAAGUGGCCUCCCGGCCCGGUUCGGAGAUGCCGACUCGGUGCAUCGGGCAAUUUAUUGCUCGCUGGAACCGAAAAAAAGCUGGAACGAUCAGCGCAAUGCGUGUAACACCUGCGAGUACGGUGGAGCCUACAAUCUGGAGUUUUCACCGGAUGGCUCAAUCCUCGUGGCAGCCUGCGAAAAGAAGACUAUCGUGCUGUUCGAUCCGAUCACCGAGAAGCAAAUGUGCACCAUCAAGAACUCCCACAAUGAUAGCGUUAAUUGUGUCAAAUUUCUGGACAACCGUAUGUUCGCGACCUGCUCGGAUGACACAACCGUAGCCCUGUGGGAUACCCGAAAUCUGCGGUCUAAAAUUCGCAGUCUCCACGGACACUCGAACUGGGUGAAAAACAUCGAGUACUCGAAGAAGGACUGUCUGCUGGUGACGUCCGGAUUCGACGGGUCCAUUUUCACCUGGGACAUCAAUAGCUACACCGAGCAAGGGUUCGUCUACCAGAAGGUGUUCCACACACCGGGACUGAUGCGGUGUCGGCUGGUACCGGAUGAAAACAGACUGGUGAUAUGCACCACCGGUGGAUAUUUGAUCAUAAUUCAUAAUCUCAAUCUGGCUUCGCUGGCGAAAGAUCUACGAGGGUUCCGGCCCAACCUCUAUCGGUUGAUGCAGCUACGCCAUCAGUUCAUCCCGAACGCGGCCCGAUAUGAUCACGCCUUUUCCAAGAAGCAAAAGUACAACCGUGUCGAGUUGGUCAGCGACUUCCCGGAAGGCAACGACGCGGAAGUGAUCAGUUCCCUACAGAUUCACCCCCAAGGCUGGUGUGCGCUCAGCAGAAAUAUGAGCUAUGAUGAAAGUUCUGAGUGGAGUUGCAUACACGAUAUUCAGGAGAUUUCACUUGAGGAAGAAUUGGAAAGUGACUGCGAGGAGGAAACAACAGGAGCAAUCGGCACCGGUGGUGAUGAGCCAAGUCAGAAUCAAGACGUUUCAACAGCGGGUGAAGGUGGAGGUGGUGGAGGCGGAGGUGCGCCUACUGCUGCAGCACGUGCUGCGGCGGCUGCUGCUAUGGUAAAUGCAGCUAAUGGCGAACCAGUAGAACCUAACAAUGCCAACGGUAACCGUGUAGGCGCUAACAACAACAACAACAACAGCAACAAUAAUAAUAACAAUAACCAAGGGAACAUGGACUUCCCUACACCGAAUUCGGACAUUUGGGCUGCAGAAGUUUCACUGCGCAACAGGAAUCUUCGUGUGGAAAAUACGCGAUCCUUGAAUAUGGCCAAUGUGUAUGGCAUCACAAGCGGUUUGAUUCCGCUGUCGCCGGCAGAACAGCAACAGAGAUACCAACAACCGAUUACGGUGAACGCAAACCGAAUGCUUUAUUACAUUGAAGAAGCAAACAAGGGAAAGGGAUUUAUCAAGGAACCUUGCUUUUCGUUCGAUGGACGGGUGAUUUGCUCGCCCCACGGCAAUGGUAUUCGAUUGCUGGCAUUCAAUGCGCAGUGUAACGAACUGCCAUUCAUCACCGAUCGGGAAGAUGCCAGUCCAAAGCCUCUGUACGAGAUCAAAACCAAGCAUUGCCACUCGGAUGUGGUGGUCAGUAGUAAGUUUAGCCCGAAAUUUCCGCUGCUGGUAUCCGGCUGUUUACGGGGUAAGAUAGUGUGGCACCAACCGGUGCUGUAAUAAGAUUAUUCGAAACAAAAUUGUUACAAUGGCUUUUGGGUGUGAAUGGGAUCGAAUGAACGCGUGAACUACUACUACUACUAUGCAAUGAUUAUUAAACCAACCAUCCCUCGAGGUACUUACUUUUACACACCGGUAGGUAUUUUGUUGUUUCGAAAGGUUUUUUUUUCUCUUCUAAACUCGACUGCCAGCCUAGCGAAAACUAGCUAGCGUGUGACUUAAAGUUUAAGUCUUCAUCCGAGGUGAACUCCUCCCUGUCCCCGUGUAUUGGUUGAAUUACGCCAUCCAAGAAAUCUCGUCUGUCACAUUUAUUAGAUUUAGCUUACACGAUAGGAUCGUUUCGCUGAUUGUAUAUUCCUUCGCAGCGUUAUAAUAAGCGCCCGUUUGCGGGCAGUGUUGAUGAAUGACAAGUACAUGAAAAUAAAUUAUGACGAUAUGUAACAGAA